CACAUGGCUCCUGGGACAACAUGGCUGCGCCCUCAGUAGGGCCAGCUGGUGGGUGCUGCCCCCGGCUCGGUUUCCUCCUAUUGCUGCCGUUGCUUUUGCUGCCCCGCGAGGCGGCUGGGGACGAAGAGGCCAGUACGGGCCCGGGCGCGGCUUCCCUCUCGGGCUCCUGCGGCUGUGGUACUCCCCAGCGGCGCGGGGACCAUGGCGCCUCGGCGGCGGCGCACCGAUACUCGCGGGAAGCGAACGCCCCCGGCCAGGUCCCGGGAGAGCGGCCGCUCGCGCCCACCAAGAUGGUCCUUAUCCCCGCCGGAGUGUUUACAAUGGGCACAGAUGAUCCUCAGAUAAAGCAAGAUGGGGAAGCACCUGCCAGGAGAGUUGCUAUCGAUGCCUUUUACAUGGAUGCCUAUGAAGUCAGCAAUGCUGAAUUUGAGAAGUUUGUGAACUCAACUGGCUAUUUGACAGAGGCCGAGAAGUUUGGUGACUCCUUUGUCUUUGAAGGCAUGUUGAGUGAGCAAGUGAAGACUGAUAUCCAGCAGGCAGUUGCAGCUGCUCCCUGGUGGUUACCUGUUAAAGGCGCUAACUGGAGACGCCCAGAAGGGCCUGACUCUACUGUUCUACACAGGCCUGACCACCCAGUCCUCCACGUCUCCUGGAAUGAUGCUGUUGCUUACUGCACGUGGGCGGGAAAGCGUCUGCCCACGGAAGCUGAGUGGGAGUACAGCUGUCGAGGAGGCCUGCAAAAUAGACUUUUCCCCUGGGGCAACAAACUACAGCCAAAAGGCCAGCAUUAUGCCAACAUUUGGCAGGGCGAGUUUCCUGUGACCAACACCGGGGAGGACGGCUUCCGAGGAACUGCCCCUGUUGAUGCCUUUCCUCCCAAUGGUUAUGGCUUAUACAAUAUAGUAGGGAACGCGUGGGAAUGGACUUCAGACUGGUGGACCGUUCACCAUUCUGUUGAAAAAACGCUUAACCCAAAAGGCCCCCCUUCUGGAAAAGACCGGGUGAAGAAAGGUGGAUCCUACAUGUGCCAUAAGUCCUACUGCUACAGGUACCGCUGUGCUGCUCGGAGCCAGAACACGCCGGACAGCUCAGCUUCCAACCUGGGGUUCCGCUGUGCCGCUGACCGUCAGCCCACCAUGGGCUAAGAGCCGAGAUGAGCCUUCCCAAAUCCAAGAUGUUGUGUCUGACCUGCCCUCGGCUUUCCUCAGAAUGUUGAACAACCUCGAGUGAAGAAUUCCCACUCUGAGGGGGGUUUCAUACCCGCCCAGUGGCCAAAGGAACCUCUUCGUGAGACCAAAUCGCUGACCUGCGUCAGCCCACUUGCUUUAUCGUGUGGUGCAUUUCUGGAGAUCAUCGCUGUGCUUACUUUGGACAGUCUUUGAAAGGGGAAAUGGGUGGAGGAGACCCUGAGUGAAACUUUGGAAGGCAUGUGCUCUUCCCUGGCUGUGCCACAGGGGCUAGACCUCAGGGUCCCACACUUGACCUUCUGGAGCCUCGGUGACCUCCUCUGUCCAGUGAGGGGAUGCGCGGCAUGACCUCUGAGGCCUUCUCCAGCUCACAGAGUCUAUGCGUAUAUCAGAGUCUAUUGUGGUUUCAUAGUAAGAGUUUAUGACAGAUGAUUUUUUUAGCUAUUUUUUUCCAUGUGUGAACUUGGGUGAUACUAAUCAUGUAAAAUAAGAGGUCCCUUAUGUAUUAUUUUGAGAAAAGGAUGGGAUGGUGGAAAAGGUGGUGGUGAUGAGUCUUUAUAUUCAUACUGCACUUUGUGUUUUCAAGGAAAUCGGUGUCUUUUACAUUGUCAGGAUGAAUCCCACAUGGGCCCCUGGUGGUGUGCUCAAGUUCAGCACUGAACACGCAGGAAUGUCUGUGGGGUGACUCUACCGUGCUUUAUCUUUUAACAUUAAGUGCCUUUGGUCUGGGGGGGUGGUUAGAAGCCCUUCAUCCGCCUCUCCCCAAAGCCUUUGGUGAAUGUGAAAUGUGUACUACACGAAGAAACCUGUUUAAUGCUAGAUGGAGAAGGGAACAAGAACUUUGAAUGAACUCUCUUCAGGGUGUCCAGUAUUUUAUAAUAGGGAAGUAGGAAAUCUUGUUGAUUGUGGAAUAUCAGAUGCUCUGAAUCAUGCACUAUGUCGAAUAAACUGGUAUCUGCUCAA